AAUUUCCAUUCCGAUUGAAUAUUAAAAUUAAUUUCCUUAUACAUAAGUGAACUUACGUGUAUAGCUAAGGGCAUUUGCUCGUGAAUUUAUGUUCGAUAUCGUUCAUAAAAUUAAUGUUAGUUAUGGGGCUUGUACAACAUGCAAAUUUCAAACUAGGGAUUUUGCUGUUGUGUCAAGCACUACACCUUACUGCGGAAGGACAUGCCCUCGGUUAUUUGUCCACAAUGGCCCCGACUUUCAUUGGAAGGAAUAUAACGUUCCAGUUGAAGCCAACAUCACCUCUUUCAUACGAACAAUACGAAGUCUGUAAAUGGAAAGUACUAUUUAAACAAAGUUCAAAGGUCUACUCAAUCAACAGCGGAUAUAGCCUGUUCGAAUCUGACGGGAUGAAGAUGAUGGAACUGGACAGUGAUUAUGUGAACAGCAGCUGGGACGGGGCGGCAAUUAACGUAAAAUGCAAUGACCAGGAAUCGACUGUCAUUAAACUAAAAUUAGAAGAUUUCAAAAACGAGUGUGGGUAUCUCAACGUGCUAUCCUACCCAGAAGGACCAGGAGGCUACGGUCAGAUUGCAUACUUCCCAACUGCAAAGAUUCUUAGAAAUCCCGUCGGUUAUGCACGGAUAUGGGAGAGAAACGGCGUUGAUAUAACAUAUCUAGAAGGCGUUUAUGAAGAACGAAAUGAAAAACUUAAUUUCCAGUACAUUCUUUCCGUCUUUAAUUUCACCGGGCUACAUCGAUACAACGUUAUGUGUAAAGAACUCAAUACUGAAACUAACGAAAUUAUCCUUUUCGAUGGUCGUCCAGUACUAAGUUCGCUCUGCAGUGUGGACAACUGCUCCAACUGUCUGUGUGUCAUACCAGGAGACAGGCUAAUAUGCACCACAUAUAGCAACAAUGUCUCGCUUUUGAUUGGUCACAUCAAAUUACAACUUAAAGGCACUAAACACGACAACCUGUUUACAUACACCAAUAUGAAUUACACCAUCAGUGAGAAAGAUCAUCAGUCAACGGUCGUAUGCUCAGCGUCUUAUGACAACAAAAAUGUGUUUACCGCUAAUGCCUCGGUUUACAUUUACGUUCCACCAAAGUUAGAACCAGAACUAACUCUACCAGAACUACAAGAGGGAUCUCCAGUGAAUAUAACCUGUGUAACACCACCAGGGAGACCCCCUCCUGUUAUACAGAUGUUUCUCGACAGUAAGAUUAUUAAUCACGUCUCUCAAUAUAACGUGUACGACGCAACCAAUAAAACGUAUACUAGUGUUGCCACAUUGAAGUCGGCUAACAGAACGUGGGACAAUAAAAACAUCACCUGCAGAUAUUUAGUGACAUAUCCGGACGGUCAAAACGAUUCUUGGCGCUCGACGACAAAAACGGCGAAAUAUACAUAUCCUCUCUCAAAUCCUGCGAAUAUGUCAGCUGGGUAUCAUAUUUACAUUGAAUGUCCAUUGGUGGACAUCAACACAAAAUGCAUAUAUAAAUGGGCGACAGAUAAAGACAACAUUCAAACACUCGACGCACUACUUCCAAAUAUGACAGGCACAGUGUUUGCACUGAAUGUCAAUGUCUCCGAUGAAGCUGAACAUAUAAAAGCCUAUUUGGUGACAAAAUGCGACCUGUCAACAGAAGUUUGCUUUCCUUGCUCAGUAAAGAGAAAUCCACUCGCAAACAUUUCUCUUGGCAAACUCGAAGACCAGAUUUACCGCCAUGCAUGUCUGAACAGGAUUGAGUGUACAAUCGUCAUCUCCAGAUCUGAUAUUGAGGCAGCAUCUAAACAUGAAUGUAAAGCAUGGAACAUAAACGGACUCUCAAACACUACACUUGAAUCGAUUACAGAACUAGAAGAAGACCGCUUGCCUUUGACGGAGGGUUCGAUACCGCUCAUGUCAAUAAUGAUUGGACUGGUAGUUUUUGCGGUUGUCAUAUCUACUGUGACAGUCUUCUUCUUCAUAAGAGGUGUACGACGGCGCAUCAGAAGGAAUGCUAUAUUGGACCCUAGAAAAGGAUUUCGCAUAAACUCUUCACAGCAGAGUGAUAUCCGAAUGGAAUCAGAACAUCAAUCCGGCAACGAUUCGGUCCAUGCAAGCAACACUGAGACAAAUGCAAAUUUCGAAGCAAACAUCAAUAUAUACUCCAAUGUAGUUGCUUCCUUCAGCCGGCCAGUGGCUCAAACAGCUGAACAGAAUGAACUGGUGUACGCUGACAUUGACAUCGCGUUUCUAGAGCUGAAACAGAAGAAAGUGACUAAGAAAAACAAAUACGUGCCAACCGAGUACACAAGUGUUAGAGAACUCACCGCAGAUGUAUCAGAUGAACACGUCUAUGUUAAUACAUAAGACAGCAUUACCUUUAUAGAGAACUCACCUCUGAUGUAUCAGGUGUACGCGUCUAUUUUAAUACAUGAGACAGCAUUACCUUUGUCGAUGACGUUGUGGUUUAUGUGUUCUUCGCACGUCUGUUUUUUCGGCCAAGAUUCCUAUGCAAUACAGGACAAAAUGUAUACAAAACAAACUUAAACAAAAAAGAAAGAAUUAAAUUCGACGUCGCCACACUGAUUUUUAUGACACAUUUGAUAAUAUUUAAUCUAGUUGAAGUGCGUUGUUAUGAAUACUCCGAUUCCGAUUUUAUUUAUGUCAUACAUGAUAAAACACAGGUUCAUCCAAUAACGAAUAAUUUUUUUUGCCUUGUUGUGCACAUGUAUUGCUUUGAGUGUGAAACGCACACAAACUUAUUUUUUUUCUUAAAAGUAAUGUGGAAAGACGAUUUCAUAGCAUAUCCUUUUAAUUUUUCUUAUAAAUCUUUCAUCCUCGUUUUCUUUCAUAUUAAUACUUUGUAUUCGAUUUUGGAACUUAUUUUAUAGUAUGCUUAUGCAUUACUUCAAGACCUUUAAUACGUCUGAAAAAAUGUGAGAAUGCAGCCAAACAAUAUAUUUUUUAAAUGAUUAACAUAAAGAGAGUUAACAACUUUAUAAUACAUAAUAAUAUAUAAUAUAUAAAUCAUUAUUGUAUGUUAUUAAGACUUAAUAUUAACGCGCAAAGGCACGAUUUACAAGCAUUAAAUAAUUAGCAUCCCAUUUCAUGCUUAAGGAUUUGAAAGAAAGGCACAAUUAGACAAUAGGAACAUGCGCUCAUACUGAUCAAAUGCUGCUUUUUUACAAUUGUUUUAACUUUAAUAAUACAAUUAUUUUCAACGUGUUUUCACUAGUUUUUAUUAAAUAUCGAUAUGUU